UCAGGAAUAGGACUGACUACUCAGCAGAGAACAGCCAUUGAAAAUGCGACCGUUGCAUUUUUCUUGCAGUGUAUUUCUUGCCAUCCUAAUAAUCAAAGAUUGAUGGCUCAGGUUCUUUGUGAACUUUUCCAUUCCUCUCCUCAAAGAAGCAAUCUCCCAACAUCUGGAAAUAUUUCAGGGUUUAUUAGAAGGCUUUUUUUGCAGCUGAUGCUAGAGGAUGAGAAAGUGACAAUGUUUCUUCAGUCACCUUGCCCAUUGUAUAAAGGAAGAAUCAAUGCUACCAGCCACAUAAUUCAACAUCCAAUGUAUGGGGCAGGACACAAGUUCCGUACUCUUCUCUUGCCAGUCUCGACAACACUGGCAGAGGUUCUUGAUCGUGUAUCAGAUACUCCUAGCAUCACAGCAAAAUUAAUUAGUGAACAAAAAGAAGACAAGGAAAAAAAGAAUUACGAAGAAAAAGAGAAAGUUAAAGCAGACAGCGGGUUUCAGGACAAUUACAGUGUUGUUGUUGCAUCUGGUUUGAAAUCUCAGUCAAAAAGGGCUGUAUCGUCCACCCCACCUCGUCCACCUUCAAGACGAGGGAGAGUGGUGACAGAUAAAGUAGGGAGCUCUGCCACAGGAAAUGAUUCUUCCAGCAAAACUAUUAGUGUUCCUGUUUUUCACCUAUAUCAUAAGCUGCUACCAGGUCAGCCGCUGCCACCCGAGAUGACCCUGGCCCAGCUUUUGACUCUGUUGUAUGACCGCAAGCUUCCUCAAGGAUACCGAUCUAUAGACUUGGCAGUUAAGCUUGGCUCGAAAGUCAUCUCGGACCCCAGUCUUUCAAAAACAGAUUCAUUCAAGCGCCUACAUACUGAAAAAGAGCAUGCAGAUUUAUUGGGACCUUGUCCUGAAGAUGAAGCAGUCACACCGGUUGAAGAAUGCAUGGAUACAGUGCUGGAUGAAUCUUUUCUUGAUACUUGCCCGCUCCAAUCCCCAUUGCAAGUUUUUGCUGGGAUGGGUGGGUUGGCCCUCAUUGCAGAAAGACUUCCUAUGCUUUACCCAGAUGUGAUUCAACAAGUGAGUGCUCCAGUUGUUACAUCCACCACCCAGGAGAAGCAGAAGGACAGUGAUCAGUUUGAAUGGGUUACCAUUGAACAGUCAGGAGAACUGGUCUAUGAAGCCCCAGAAACAAUUGCAGCAGAACCGCCACCAAUCAAAUCGGCAGUCCAAACUAUGUCUCCCGUACCUGCUCAUUCUUUGGCUGCUUUUGGAUUAUUUCUUC